CCUCCUCCGUGCAAAUCUCACCCUGUCUGAGUCUGUCUUCCCAGGCUUGGUAAGAAGGAGAAAAAAACCCUGUUUUGUGGCACAGGGAGGCUUUAUCGUUGACCUCUUUCAUACUCAUAUAUUAGCGAUCACCUUAUUGUUUCAGCUUAUUGCGUGUGCUGCUGCGAUUUCUGGGGCGUCGAAAAGGAAAAAAAGAACUUCUGUUCCGUCCAUAGAGAAGCAGGCAUCCAUUCCUUUCGUGGUCUGUCAUAGCUGAGCUAGCUAGGGAGCUGGGGAGCAGAAUCCUGGGGAGUAUCGGCAGUGAAAAUGUCCGGCUAUCAAGGCAAGAAAAACAUUCCCCGCAUCACAAGCGAUCGACUUCUGAUCAAAGGUGGCAAAAUCGUGAACGAUGAUCAGUCUUUCCAUGCUGACAUCUACAUGGAGGAUGGGGUUAUCAAGCAAAUCGGCGAGAACCUGAUUGUGCCUGGAGGUGUGAAGAUCAUCGAUGCCCAUGGCCGCAUGGUUAUACCCGGGGGCAUCGACGUCCACACUCGCUUCCAGAUGCCUGAUCGGGGCAUGACUGCGGCCGACGACUUCUACCAAGGCACUCGAGCUGCGCUGGCCGGUGGCACCACCAUGAUCAUUGACCACGUGGUGCCCGAGCCUGGCACCAGUGUGGUGGCGGCCUUCGAGCAGUGGAGGAACUGGGCGGACAGCAAGGCAUGUUGCGACUACUCUCUGCACGUGGACAUCACCGACUGGCAUAGUGGCGUGCAGGAGGAGCUGGAGACGCUGGUCAAAGAGCACGGUGUCAACUCCUUCCUGGUCUACCUGACCUAUAAAGAUGUGUUUCAGCUGACUGAUUCCCAGAUCUACGAGGUUUUCAGUGUGAUCCGGGACCUGGGGGCCAUCGCACAGGUGCACGCCGAGAACGGCGACAUCGUGGCCGAGGAGCAGCACAGGAUCCUGGAGCUUGGCAUUACUGGGCCGGAGGGUCACGUGCUGAGCCGCCCUGAGGAGGUGGAGGCAGAGGCGGUCAACCGCUCGAUCACGGUGGCCAAUCAGACCAACUGCCCCCUCUAUAUCACCAAGGUGAUGAGCAAGAGUGCUGCUGAUGUCAUCGCCCUGGCCAGAAAGAAAGGUACCGUGGUGUACGGGGAGCCCAUCUCCGCAAGUCUGGGCACGGACGGCUCCCACUACUGGAGCAAGAACUGGGCCAAGGCUGCCGCCUAUGUCACGUCGCCGCCCCUCAGCCCCGACCCGACCACACCCGACUACCUGAACUCACUGCUCUCCUGCGGUGACCUGCAGGUGACAGGCAGCGCUCACUGCACUUUCAGCACUGCCCAGCGUGCUGUGGGGAAGGACAACUUCACCCUCAUCCCAGAGGGCACCAACGGCACAGAGGAGCGGAUGGCCCUGGUCUGGGACAAGUGUGUGGUGACAGGGAAGAUGGACGAGAACCAGUUUGUGGCCGUGACCAGCACCAACGCUGCAAAGAUCUUUAAUCUAUACCCCCGCAAGGGUCGUAUUGCCGUGGGCUCCGAUGCAGACCUGGUGCUCUGGGACCCAGAUGUCACCAAGAUCAUCUCUGCCAAGAGCCACAACCUGGCUGUGGAGUACAACAUCUUCGAGGGCACAGAGGUACGCGGCGCCCCCCUGGUGGUCAUCAGCCAGGGCAAGAUCGUGUUGGAGGAUGGGAACCUGCACACCACUGAGGGGUCAGGCCGCUACGUGGGCCGCAAGCCAUUCCCUGACUACGUGUACAAGCGGAUAAAGGCUCGCAGCAGGCUGGCCAACCUGCGAGGGGUUCCGCGGGGUCUCUAUGAUGGGCCCGUGUGUGAGGUCACCGCCACCCCCAAGACCAUCACCCCCGCUUCAUCCGCCAAGACAUCACCGGCCAAACACCCAGCACAGCCCGUGAGGAACCUGCACCAAUCUGGCUUCAGCCUGUCAGGAGCCCAAAUUGAUGACAACGUGCCUCGGCGCACUACACAGCGCAUUGUGGCGCCACCUGGUGGACGGGCCAACAUUACAAGUCUGGGUUAAAUCGACCUGUCGGCUGGCUGGGGGAGGUGAUCGCCAGGAAGGAGGGACCACACAGAGAGGCCACACCCACACCCCCGAGGUGCAUCAUCCAGGAAGUUCCCUGCUGGAAUUCCACCCCUCCCCCCCAUCCCUCCAUCCUUCACGCAACCACUUAUUCUCCACCCUCCGUCCUCGAACCCACAAGGACUCACCCACAGAAAUAAAAUGUCCCAUCAUUUUAAAAAAAUAACAAAAAGACAAAAACACGUGGGAUUGCAUUAUUUCCUAUUUUAUACUGUACUAUUUCCUGCCAUAUACUGUUUAAUUUGUUUUAAAGGAAGAGUCUGAGAAGUUGAGAACACUUUUAGUCCCGUCCUUUAAGGGAAGCAUGACGUUAGACGAUACUAGCAUUUUUGGUUUGCGUAACACCAGUAAAAAGGUUUUGCCGUCUCAGUCCUGUGUUAUGUUGACAGUGGUGUCCCUUGUGUCUUAGUCGAGUCUUUGGAAAAGGGGGUUUUCAUUUGACCGUCCGCCACACAGAAGAGUUUGAAGCUGUUUAUCUGGGAGGUUUUGUCUGGGUACGACGUAGCAGCAAAGUCGCUGAGCUCCUGGGGAGACACACGCGCGUCACUACGCUGGCGUCUGUGUGUGAGUGAGCCCGGCUCUGAAAGCUGACGGCCAAGAGUGCGUGAAAGGCUACACCCCCCACCCCACC